AUGAAGGAGCACGAUUUCCACUGUCAACGACCGGAAAUCAUGAAAGACCCUCAAGACGUAAUAGUGAACUUCGGCGAUGAUGCCAUGUUUACCUGUGUAGUUUCUGGAGAGCCAACUCCAGAAAUUGAGUGGUUGCGAGAUUCUACUAGCGUGCCGCUUGAUACACAUCGCUAUGUAGUCAUGGAUAACGGUACACUUAUGGUGCAUGCCGCUGAUGAGAACGACGUAGGAAUAUUUGAAUGUAAAGCGAAAAAUCCUGCAGGAGAAGCACGGUCGAAACCGGCAAAGAUGAUCAUGCAUAGCAAACCGGACGAAAAUGGUUACCCUGUAUUUACUAUUCUACCACGCGAUCAAAUUACUAGACUGAACGAAAUUGUCAGAUUUGACUGUGUUGUUAAAGGAAAUCCUGCACCUCAUAUACUAUGGUACUUCAACCGAGCAAGAAUUUUGUUGACUGACCGCAUAACGAUGCAUCACAGCGGAUCAAUUGUAAUUGAAAAAAUACAACAAACGGAUGCAGGACAAUAUACUUGCCAUGCCGAAAAUCUAAACGGAAAAAUUACAGCUGAAGCGGUUCUUGAAGUUAUGGUUGCUCCCGCUUUUAUCACUGUUCCACAAGAUCAAGUUGUAACUAUAGGAGAAACUGCUGUAUUUAGAUGUACAGCAAGAGGAGCACCAAAAGCGGUAAUUACCUGGUAUAGGAAUACAAUGGUAUUGCCAUCAAGCGAAAACAUCAUUUUUUCCGAUAACAAUGAAAACUUAACAAUACUUCAGGUAACGACCGAUGAUGAUGGAUUAUAUCAUUGUAGAGCAGAAAACUCUGAAGGACUAACUGAAAUAUCUGCAAUUCUGAAAGUAGACGAAGCUCAAAUCAUACCACCUAAAAUAAUUUUAAAACCGGAAGAUACAGAUGCAUUUAAGGAGACUUCGGUUCAAAUGCCUUGUGAAGUGGAUGCAGAACCACCAGCUACAAUAGAAUGGAGAAAAGAUGGAUCACGACUAGAGCCAAAUGAUAGAAUUUCUAUUUCGAUAAUUGGAAGCUUAAUUAUUAACAAUAUCACCAUCACCGAUUCAGGUCGCUAUGAAUGCUCAGCUUUUAACGAAUAUGGCCGAGACACCGUCUCGGUAUUUUUGACAGUUAAGGAUCACAUUCUACCAGGCGACGAAUAUGUCAAUAUAGCUUUGACGGAAGCGACACGAGAUGUUGAUCAAGCUAUUUCUAGAACUAUGGAACAAUUAUUUAAAAACGAUAACUCCAAAGUCAACUUGCUUGAUUUGUAUAGGAUCUCACGAUUUCCUAACGCUCCCGCAAGAGAGGUUGCACGAGCUGCGGAAAUAUAUGAAAGGACUUUAGAGAAAGUUAGAGGUUUCAUACAAUCAGGACUAAAGAUUACUUCAGCUGAUCCAUUUAAUUAUGAACAAGUAGUUUCGGCACAACAUUUAGAGGUCAUUGCUCGCCUAUCAGGUUGCGUGGCAAAUAGGGAAGAGAAGGACUGUUCAGACAUGUGCUUCCAUAUAAAAUAUCGAAGUGUAGAUGGCAUCUGUAACAACUUUGAUCAUCCUACUUGGGGCACUUCUUUAAGUGCUUUUCGCAGAAUACUUUUUCCUAUAUACGAAAAUGGAUUUAGUCAUCCAGUUGGCUGGAAUAAAAACAUUACAUAUAAUGGUUAUACUUUGCCGAGUGCGCGGCUCGUAUCGACCGCUAUCAUUUCUACUAAAGAAAUAUCUCAAGACAUCGAAAUCAUUCAUAUGGUAACGCAAUGGGGGCAAUGGUUAGAUCAUUAUUUGGAUCAUGCGCUUCCAUCGGUGAGCUCACAAACCUGGGAUGGUGUAGAUUGUAAGAAGACUUGCGAUUAUGCUGCACCAUGUUUUCCUAUUGAUGUACCCGAAGGGAUCCACGUAUUAGUAACCGUCGUUGCAUUGAUUUCAUAA